UCUGGCAGCCUGCAAAGGCACUGAAUACCACCCGUCCCAAAAUAUUAGAUUUGACUCAUCAUGAUAAUCCCCUCCAACAUCAUUUGGUUUGAUGAUGAUGAUUGGCCGGGCUUAGAGAUUUCUUUCCCGGGGGGUACCCGUUGGGAAAUCACGACGAAAGUUAGGGAGUGCGAAGACCUCUAUUCACAACAAGACCAUGAAGAGGGUGGUAUUGUUUCCGAGGCUCGUGCGGUUUUUGUUGCGUCAAAAGUUGCUGGGCAAGCUCCGCCAACCGCAGUACUUAAGAUUCAUAUGCAGGUACCAUGGUGGGGAAGUGCCACUAAAAGGCCGUCUAUCCGGGCCCAACAGGCAGUUUCGGAGCCCUCAACAAGGGGCGAAGAUGAAGUUGAAGCGCUACGUCUCCUAACAGAAGCAGGAUGCUCCAGCACCCCAGCUCUGAUUGAUUGACUGAAUCGCGAACAGUCUCAAGAUCAAUGGAUCCCUGGUGGUUAUAUACAUUUCAUUGUGAGCCGGAUGAGCUGAGGGCAGCUUUCAAGAAAUCAUGGUU